CAAUGUCAUAACCAUGUGUUGAUUUGAAUUUUGUGUUACUUGUUAGUUGUUAUAUUGUAAGAUUUUUUAUUUUCUAGAAAUAAUUGUUGAAACAGAAGUCAGUUGAAAUGGAGACUAAAGUUCACAGGUUUAGAUAUUAUAAUCCUAAACCAGAAUCAAUUGUUUGUGUUUCAUAUAACAAAACUAAUAAAGUUCUAGCAUUGGCUAGAAAGAAUGCUUCAAUUGAAAUAUGGGACAUCAAGCAUGCUCCAUUCCUCUUACAAUUUAUACCAGGUGCUGAAAAUGCUUCUGUGGAAGCUUUAGGUUGGGUUAAUGAAAGACUUCUAUCAACUGAUCUCGGAGGAGCAUUAUUAGAAUGGGAUCUUGAUAAACGUCAUAUAAAGAAAACUGUUAUGCUCACUGGUUAUGCAGCUUGGUGUUUAGAUGUUAAUGAUAAUAAUACCGCAGUAGCGGUUGGAACAGAACAAGGCUAUGUCAAUAUUUAUUCAGUUGAAAAUGAUGAUAUAGUAUAUCAAAAGUUGUUUGACAAACAAGAAGGUAGAAUACUGUGCUGUAAAUUUGAUAAAACUGGCAAUGUUCUGGUCACAGGAUCCAUUGAUACCAUUAGAGUGUGGAAUGUAAAUUCAGGGCAUGCUACAUGUCGCAUUUCUUGUAAAAGAAGAGGAAAGGAAGUUAUUGUAUGGAGUGUUGCAAUAUUGUCUGAUAAUGUUAUUGUUGCUGGCGAUAGUCAUGGUAGACUCAGCUUUUGGGAUAGCGUAAUGGGAGAUCAGGUUGAGUCUUUUGCAACGCAGAAAGCAGAUAUUUUAUCGGUGGCAAUAUCAGAUGAUGAAAAAUCUCUUUAUUGCAGUGGUAUUGAUCCAAUAAUAACAAUGUAUGUAAAAGUUGAUAAUACUGGUGAUCAGUCUGGAAUACAGUGGGUGAAAAAUAUACAAAGAAACAUUCAUGAACAUGAUGUGAGGGCACUUGUCGUUAGUGGUGAAAGGUUAAUAUCUGUGGGGGCAGAUGGAUAUUUGACAUUGUCUAGUUAUCCUCCAAAGAAAGUUAUGAGAAUCCCUCCUAUGAUACCCAGUCCUCGUACAUCAUUUUGCGCCAUGAAAAAAUCACUUUUACUUAGGUAUAGCAAUCACUUAGAAGUAUGGCAACUUGGUUCAUAUGCACGAGAUACAAGUGGAAAAAUAGUAGUUAACAGUGACAUCAAACAAGAAAUCCUAACAAAGAAAUCAGGGGCCUUAGAGAAUGAUACAACUCUUAUCCAUGUCAACAAUCACGAAAAGGAAAGAUCAUUAAAAGUAACUGAAGAACCCAUAAAACUAGUAUCAAUACAAACAAAAUCGAAAAAAGAAAUUAUUUGCUCUGAAAUGGCGCCAAAUGGAGAUCUCAUAGUGUAUUCUACAGACAGUGAUAUAAGAAUGUUAAAAUUGGAUGAAGACCAAGGUAACAUUUCGUUACGCAAAGUCAUUGUAAGCGGUGUAAAAGCGUGUGACGGAAUUGUUUUCACCGAAGAUUCUAGUAAAAUGAUUGUGCAUCAUAAUUCGGAGUUGUUCCUUUUACAAGUUGACCCCGAUGCUGGGGCCUCUGUGAUACACUCUGUAUCAACUGUUAAACAUUUAAAAGGCAGACCCAUCCUUCAUCUAGUGAUAUCACAAAAGUACCCACAAGGCUAUAUUUUGGCCAUAUCUAAUGUUAAAGGUGAUAUAUCAGUGUGGGGACUAAAGAAUAAGAAACUGUGUCACAUGUACAAUGUACCGAAGCAUACCUGUGUUCCAUCCAGUAUGGCGAUAAUCGAUGGAUUACUUGUGAUAGUUUAUGUUGAUCAAAAGGUGAUAGAAUACGAUAUAUUGAAGGAAGCAAUGUGGAGUUGGCCCCAACACGGCAGCAUCCCAUUCUGGACUAGCCGCAAUAUGGCCGCCAAAACCAUAAGCAAACAUCCCGCGAGAAACGCAUACGUUUUCACUGAUGAGGUUUCAAUUUGGACGGUGGAGAAAACUGCUAGCCAGUCCGUUGAACCAAACAAAAAAAAGGUUCCAAUGAAAAAUAACGAGAGAUUAGGGGUCAAUGUAACGCCAGUUAAGUAUUUGGCGGGCUUCCACUGGAUAGCGGAAGACGAAGCUGUCAUCGUAGAAGUACUGCCAGAGAACAUAAUAAUGCAAUUACCUCCAGUAAUGGUUAAACAGAGACACAAUAUAUCAACAAAAAUAUAAGUUUUUAUUAAAAAUAAGACUGGUUUUAUU